AUGGUGGACUUGUCGUCGACCUUUCCCAAAAUUCAUUCCAGGUUCACACGCGCUUUUUUUUUUACGAAUCGCUUUUUCACGUUGAGAAUGAUAAACGCAUUACGCGCCAUAAAAAGCGCGUUGUUUAAAAAUUCAAAUAAUAAUGCCGUGGAUGCCGAUGAGGAAGGGGAGGAGGGGGAGGAGGAGGAGGAGGACGACGAAGACCGCGUCGUCGUCGUCGCACAAACAGAAGACAAUAAUAAUAAUAAUAAUAAUGAUUCGAUAAGACGUUUCGAAAGAGGAAAUUUAUUCGAACGAUUAUUUACGAAAAUGGUGACCGCAUUGAAACAAAUAAUAAGAGAUAAUUUUCUACACGACGAUGAUAAAUUCGAAAUAGAAUUAGAAUUAGAAUCGGAUUCGAGAAUAUUCAACGUCAUCGAAACGUGGCUGACCGUUUUAUAUUGCACUCUUUUACUCCGAACGAGAUUCGUUAAUUAUUUGGAAAAUUAUUUGAAAGAAAACAAUAUGGACGAAUCGAAAAUCGGACGACAGUUAUUGCAAGAGGAAAGCAUGAACAUGUAUAAAAUGAUACGUAAAGCUCAAGCUCGAUCACACAUAAUAUUCAAUCAUUUGAAAUUACGCUGCGAAAAAAAUAUUGUCGAACGGGCCGACGUGGAUGAUGAUUCCACAGACGACGGAAUUGAUUUUUUCAACACCGGAAAUGAUAAAAAUCCGACAUUUGAUUUAACAACGGCGACGACGGAUUUCGACGAUGACGUCGACGUCGAUGACAGCGCCGUCGGCGGCGACGUCGUGAAUCACGUUCCGACGGCGGAUAAUAACAACGCCAACGUUUUGGCUCUGAUAGAAAAAAUUUUAAAUUUAAAAAAGGAUUAUUUAACGGUCAACGAGAGUCUCCUGUUGAAAUUGAAAUUUUUCAACAAUUUAAUGAACGCUCAAUGUAAUCAAUUUUAUUCGUCCGACAGCGAUUUAAGCGAUUUCGAAGAUAUUAAUCGGAGAAAUUUGUCGCAGAGCGGCGACGAUCCCGAUAAAAAUUUCCAAUUCGAUUCGGAAAAAUUCAAAUGGGAAAAAUUGAAAAUAUUAGAAUUCACUCAAUUUCUAGAAAAUUCCAUUAGGGAAAUUUCUAAAACGGGCUCCAAUCUUUGUGAUAGAGAAAAUCAAUGA